AAAGUGAAAAAAAAAUUAACACUGACCUUAAAAUGAUUUUCGUAAUGUUUUUUAAUUUUAAAACGAGUUAAAUGUUUAUGUCAUCGGUAACUCAUAUAAAAGUACGUCAAAAGCGCAAUGAGUUGUUAUUUAAAUAAUAAUAAAUAUUUUUAAUACUCAAAAAUUACUCAGUAAGUUGUGAUGUGCAAAGACUAUUUAUGAGUAAUCUUUAAUAUUCUAAUAAAUAUUUAUGGUUGUCAAUUUAACCUCAAUCAUAGUUAAAGUUCUACAAAAAAAAAAAAAAAAAUUACUAACAUAAUAAUUAAUUAGUGAAUCACAACACUUGUGUACAUUUUUUCUGUCUGUGAUCAUAAAGAGUAUUAAAAGUUUAUUUAUAAUUUGUUUUGAUAACCAUGAGUCCAUCGGCUGUCAUGUUAUCAACAAUUUACUAAAUCUUCAUUAAGGAAUUUAUUAAUGUCUGCUGAUAAGACAUUAAUUCAUGUGAUGACGACACGGUAUUCAUUCGGAGUAGGUUAGAAAAGAGAAAAGUUCAUUUAUCAUAAUAAAUAAAAAUUUUAUGUAUUUAAUUUAAUUAUUAUUAAAAAAACAAUUAUUUUAUUAAUAAAUAAUCAUGAAUAGAAUGCGCUUAAAUUCGGAUUAUAUUCCGCUGAUUGAUGAAGAAGCACCGCGUUAUCGAAUAGUCAUUCCGUUUAAAAAAUUAGCAUGGUUCACGGUCGCUCUACCAUUUUUCGGAUUUAUUUUCUGUAUUGUGUGGUCUGUUACUUAUAAUUUUGAACAUGCUACUUCAACUCACUGCAAUGUAUACAACGUUUUGCCGUCGAUAUCUGCGGCUAUUGGUCACUAUGAACCGCAGAGAGAUGUUUGGAAAACAGCAAUUGCUAUCCAAGCAGUUAUUAGAGCUUUAAUAUUUGUUAUGUACUAUUAUUAUUAUCAACAAACUACGUACAGAUGGGCACAAGGAGUUGUUAACAUUGCGCUGUUUAGUUAUGCUGUUGAAAAUAUUUCAUUGGUUACACUGAGCUUCUGGACUUCUAAUCAAAACUACGCUUUCCACAAAUUAUCCUUCAUCACAUUUUUAUUAAUGUCCUUCGUGCAUAUGAUGGUAGCAACUUAUAUAUGCAAAAACUGCCGAAGUACACCUCGAGAUGCCUCAGAAUUAAAAUCAAGUGUCUUAAAAGUUCGAGCUAUGCUUCUGAACGUCAUAUCAAUUUUAUCAGCUUGUUAUUUCUUCUGGAGGCACAAUCGAUACUGCGAACCUUUUGUUUACUCAAUGUUCGCUUUCUCAGAAUACAUGGUAGUUAUGACCAACAUGCUGUUCCAUUUAACAGCAGCAUGGGAUUUUGCUGAAAGGAGGCUAUUAAUAUCUACCAGAGGUCUGAGAGUUGUUUGAGUAAUAAGUAAAUAUUUAUAAAAUAAAUAUAUUGUACAAUGUACAUAUGUAAGUACUAUUACUGGUGAUUAACGCGUAGUAUAUUUUCAUACUAUCCGUGAUUAUUCUGCUCACAAUCAAAUAUCACCGAUGACUUUUGUCAAUACAACGAAUAAUUAGUGUAAUUUUUAUCAGUCAAUUGGGAAUAGUUAUUAAUUGUAGAGUAAAAAAAAAUUAUAUCUGUAAAAUAAAGUGUAUAUAUUAUUUUA